ACUCAGCUGCGCACAACCGCGGUCGCCUUUUUUCGAUGGCGGUGGUGCAAGCAGUGAAGAGUUCCGUUUCGAACGUCAAAGUCUUGGCACAGAAAACGGCCGAACUGCCGGAACUCAUCGAAGAUGCCUGUCGUAGGCAGUUGGAUCGACCCGACCUGUCGAAGAUGCGGCUACAUAGAGAGCUGGGCUCCAUCGAAGAUAUCCUGAUGAUGGAGCCCCCCAAAGAAGUGCCAGACGAGCAAAUUUGGCAGGCCUUUACUGAAGGUGUGCUUGGAAAUCUCAAAUUUCUGGAUAAAGAAGUGUGUUGUGUGAUCUCGAUCGGCGCGUGUGCGCUGGCGACGGUACUCUUUACGAUCUUGGAAGCGAGUGGACAGAUCCAGGUGGACGCGACCUAUUUUUUGGUGCUAGUCCUCUGGUUUCUCAUUAGUCUUCUAGGGGCCUUUGUCAUCAAAAUGAUCGGACUGGUCCUUUUCGAUGCGUUCACCUGGGAUUUGGUGUACAAGAUGAAUGAAAAACUUAGAAAGGCGGACGAAAAGAGGACCAUUUUCGUUCACUACAGCGUCUCUGGAUGGAUCAAUGCUGAGCGCGUGCUUCAGAUUUGGGGUCCUCUUCCCAGAGAGCCUACCCUGGCGGCGCAUUUCGUGAACUUCGGCUCUGCAGCCCUGGCGUAUGCCAUGCCCAUCCCGGAGCCCGGCGCUUUUGGAGUGGAGGCCUUGCCUCCUCCGAAGCCCAACGAGG